GGCGGGCGCCGGGAGCAGACGCGCGGGCGGGCGCGGGUCCCGGAGUCCUCCUCCGCCUGCUCCAGCCGCCAGCUCCGCGAGGUAUCGGGCGCCGUGGGACACGCCCGGCCCGGCCGCUUGGGAGAGGAGAGACGGGAACGCAGCGCGGACACGCGCGGCAACGAUUCUGGAGCCAGCCCCCGCGCAGGAGGCAGGAACCUGGUCUGGAGAGUGGAGAGGACCUCAGUGUGGAGCCGGGGGCAGGCGAAGGAAGGGGGCGAGGUUUGGAGAGUUGGAGCCACAGAAGCAGAGCUCCUGAGACGACUUGAGACAUUUCCCAUCCAAGUCAAGAUGCCAGAGUGACCCUCCACAGCCUAAGUCAGACCAAGCUGUUGGCUGCUUAAACCCAUCGGGGGCUCCUCAUCGCAAUCAGAGUAAAAGUCAAAACCCUUUAUGGCUGGCCAGGCUCUGCGUUGCCCAGCGCCUGUCUCUCCUGCACCCUCACUGCUCACUGUUCUCCAGCCAGACUUGUCUGCUUGCCGGUCUCCUGCAUGCCAAGCACACUCCACAGCAGGGACUCAGAGCUUUUGCACUUUGAGCUGCUUCUCUCCCCCCAGAUUUCCACUUGGCUUGCUCCCUCGUUUUCCUGGGGUCUGUUCAAAUGAUACCACCACAGAGAGGCCUCCCUUGGACUCUCUGUCUAAAAUAGCCACCUUCCAGAAUUCUGUCCUACUCACUCUGCCUUGUUUGUGCCUACUGCACACGUGUCACUUGAGGUGGUAUACCCCGAUCUGAGUAUGGCCUGUCCACACCACACUAAACACCAGCCCCGUGAAAGUGGGGACUGUGCCUGCUGUAGUCACGGCUGUCUCCCAGUGCGCGGAGCAGAGCCUUGCCCGAACGAAGUAGGCGCUCAGGGAGUGUUGGUUUGAACUGGCAGAUGAAGGAACCAUGUGGAGAGCCCACUGACAAAGACACGGCUGAGCUUCAGGUGAGAGAAGCACCUAGUUCCCUCCUGCCCAGACCUAACCCUCAGAAUGACUCCUGCUGGAGUCGCCACCGAGGGCUGUGUGUGGCUGGCCCCGACCCCGGCUCCCUCUGCCUCAUGUCUCCCUCCAGGUCUGCGGCCCUCCCGGCUCCGAGAGGCUUUUGCUAUGACUGCAGUCUCCUUGUGGGCCAGGACUGCCCCUUGCUGCCACAGCCACACCAGGUGCCCGCCCUGCCCUGCCCGUCCUUGGCCCUGAGUCACCAUGGGCAGCGUCAGUAGCCUCAUCUCCGGGCACAGCUUCCACAGCAAGCACUGCCGGGCUUCACAGUAUAAGCUGCGUAAGUCGUCCCACCUCAAGAAACUCAACCGGUGUUCAGACGGGCUGCUGAGAUUUGGCUUCUCUCAGGACUCGGGUCGUGGCAAGUCCAGCUCCAAGAUGGGGAAGAGUGAGGACUUCUUCUACAUCAAGGUCAGCCAGAAGGCCCGGGGCUCACACCGCCCAGAUUACACCGCACUGUCCAGUGGGGACACAGGGGGCCAGGCUGGGGUGGACUUUGGCCCAUCCACCCCACCCAAGCUCAUGCCCUUCUGCAAUCAGCUAGAAAUGGGCUCAGAGAAGGGUGCGACAAGGCCCACGGCAUUCAAGCCAGUGCUGCCGCGGUCAGGAGCCAUCCUCCACUCCUCCCCUGAGGGAGCCAGCCACCAGCUGCACCCCACCCCUCCAGAUAAGCCCAAGGAGCAGGAGCUGAAGCCUGGCCUGUGCUCUGGGGCGCUCUCUGACUCCGGCCGGAACUCCAUGUCCAGCCUGCCCACACACAGCACCAGCAGCAGUUACCAGCUGGACCCGCUGGUCACACCCAUGGGGCCCACCAGCCGUUUUGGGGGCUCAGCCCACAACAUCACCCAGGGCGUCAUCCUCCAGGACAGCAACAUGGUGAGCCUGAAGACACUGUCUUUCUCCGAUGGGGGAAGUAAGCUGGCCCACUCGAGCAAGGUGGACAAGGGCUCCUCGUGUGUCCGCUCCCCCAUCGCCACAGACGAGUGCACCAUCCAGGAGCUCGAGCAGAAGCUGCUGGAGAGGGAGGGUGAGCUCCAGAAGCUGCAGCACAGCUUCGGGGAGAAGGAGCUGGCCUGCAGCCAGACCUCCGAGGACCGGCUGGAGGGCCUGGAGCAGAGGGGCGGCAGCAGGGCAAAGCGGGCCUCGCAGAAGAGCCAGCGCACACAGCAGGUGCUGCAGCUGCAGGUGCUCCAGCUCCAGCAGGAGAAACGGCAGCUUCGGCAGGAGCUUGAGAGCCUCAUGAAGGAGCAGGACCUGCUGGAGACCAAGCUCAGGUCCUACGAGAAGGAGAAGACCAGCUUCGCCCCCACGCUGGAAGAGACGCAGUGGGAGGUGUGCCAGAAGUCAGGCGAAAUCUCUCUCCUGAAGCAGCAGCUGAAGGAGUCCCAGACAGAGGUCAACGCCAAGGCCAGUGAGAUCCUCAGUCUGAAGGCGCAGCUGAAGGAUACACGGGGCAAGCUGGAGGGCAUGGAGCUGAAGACGCAGGAUCUGGAGGGCGCCCUGCGCACCAAGGGCCUGGAGCUGGAGGUGUGUGAGAAUGAGCUUCAGCGCAGGAAGAGCGAGGCCGAGCUCCUGCGGGAGAAGGUGAAUCUGCUGGAGCAGGAGCUCCGGGCACUGCGGGCGCUCAGGGCCCGGGAGGCCCUGCAGCGGGACAGUGUGCCCCUGGGGCCAGGCCUGGGGGCUGGGCCCGCCUGCUGCGAGGACAUCCCCGCCCUGCAGCGCGAGUUGGAAAGGCUGCGGGCAGAGCUGCAGGAGGAGCGGCACGGCCACGACCAGAUGUCCUCAGGCUUCCAGCACGAGCGGCUGGUGUGGAAGGAGGAGAAGGAGAAAGUGAUCCAGUACCAGAAGCAGCUGCAGCAGAGCUACCUAGCGAUGUACCAGCGGAACCAGCGCCUGGAGAAGGCCCUGCAGCAGCUGGCCCGCGGCGACGGCGCAGGCGAGCCUUUUGAGAUAGAUCUUGAAGGGGCUGACAUCCCCUAUGAGGACAUCAUAGCCACCGAGAUCUGAGGGGCCUCCUGGAGGCAAGGGUGCUGAGUCCGCCAAGGAGGGCUCCCCUCCCCAUCUCCCCUGCACAGUCACUCAGGCCUCUCUGAGAGAAGCCUCCCCAGGCACAGACCUGAGACCCUCAAGGGGACGGGAGGGGUAGGGCUGCUAUGUGGCCUCCCCUCCCUUUCCCACCUGCCCGCCCCUACAUCCUGCAGCCUGCCAGACCUCUAGCUUUCCCAAGAGAUGGGCCUGGGGAUCUCUGUCAUUUGGUUAAGGGCUCCCUAAACCUUGGCCUUUGUUCAAAAUACUUAGAGAUACUCUCACCCAGGGAUGGUGGCGACUGCCGUGAAGGCAGUGGCCACCCCAGGACAGAAGUUCCCUUCCGCUUCUCUUCCCACAACCUCUUUUCUACCCCGGACACGUUGGGAUGCCUUGGAGAUAGAAAGAAACCAUUUGUGACCAGAAGCCUUGGAACCAGACCAGGUCCUAACUGGAGCUCUUCCUCUGGCUGCGGGGUGUAGGAGCUGGAGUGGGCUGUAGAGAAGCUGGCUUAGCAUCGUCAGAGCCGACCUGACCCCGGCAAGCCACAGAGAAGAGGGGAAAGCUGGGGCAGCCCAGGAGCAUCUAGACUCAGCAAGGACACAUGGGAGUCAGAGCGAGAAGCGAGGUAGUAAUGCCCAGACGCUGCUGGGCCCCACUGCCUGGAGGUGAGCAGCUUCUGGAGGGCUGGUGGCCUUUGACCUCGGUGACCACUUUCUUAAAGCCAUAGACACUGAGGCCCUGGGGUGGGUGCUGGUGACACAGGGAGGGUGUGGCUUUCCAGUUGUCCCAGGAAGCACCUCUGGAUCUUUCCUCAUGGGGCUAGAGGUCCGGGUUUCCCUGUCUGGUCCAGGCUGGCCAGCAACUACUCUGAACUUUUUCUUCCCAAGAAUCAAGGCUUUGUCAGAUCCAGAACAAGUUCUGUCCACUGAGAUGGUGCGGGCCCUUCCCGGCUCUGCCUGCCCUCAGUUCAGCGGCACACCCACCCCUUGGUGUCUGCCGUGCUGCUUCAGACCAGAGUCCUCGGGGUCAGGAGGGGCCCCUGACUGCAGGCAAGAGCCCCAGGGAGAGUCCAUGGCGCAGUCGGCCUCCAGCCCCCAGGGGCCCGACUGACGGUCGGGAGCGGGGCUCCUCUGAAGACGGCAGCGCUGGGGCAAGAGACAGACGGAAGGGGCACUUUCUCUGUUGCUUGCUGCAGGGAAUUUUCUUUCUUUCUUCUUUUUUUUCUUUCUUGUCUUUUCAGAAGCAAGCCAGAUCUAGCAGGCAGCCAGUCUGUUUCAUGUUCUAUUUUUGACUCUAGCCACAGCUGCUGCUGGUCGGACAGCCAGCCCUUGCUGGAUUCCUGGGCCUCAUGCCUGCCUGCUGAGGGCUCCCAGAGACAGAG